CUUCAGCGGAUGUUACUGCGCAUGCUCAACUCUCCAUCGCGCAUACUCAGUGACAGCAAGGCAGUACAUCGGAGCGGAUUCUCCCCCUACCUCCCGCUGCUGGGUCUGUCAGGGGCCUCCCGCGUUGCCGCCUUGCUAUCCGACCAGCUGUAAGCAAUGUCCAGUGACCCGCCCCCACCCUACCCAGGGGGACCUUCUGCACCGCUACUACAAGAGAAGAAUGGCCCACCCACCAUGUCAGACGGAGUCUCCACUGCUGGAGUCCAGCCCCAUGGGAUGCCUGUGCCCCCUUCAGAUUUUGGGCCACCCCCGUACGAGCCACCCCUGCAGCCGGGGUACAUCCCCGCUCCCGUUUCUGCAGAUGGCUCUAUGCCCUACAUGCCCCAUGGUUAUUAUCCACCCCCAGGACCUCACCCUCCCAUGGGCUAUUACCCGGCUGCGGGACAUUACCCCUCUCCUGGUGGCCACACAGCAACUGUCAUUGUACCAUCGGGGGCAGCAACCACGGUCACCGUGCUGCAGGGAGAAAUAUUCCAGGGCAGCCCCGUGCAGACGGUGUGUCCUCACUGCCAGCAGGCCAUCACCACCGCGAUCACACAUGAGAUAGGGCUCAUGAACUUCCUCCUCGGCUUCUUCUGCUGCUUUGUCGGAUGUGAUCUGGGCUGCUGCUUGAUUCCAUGUUUAAUAGACGACUUCAAGGAUGUGACCCACACUUGUCCCAACUGCAAAGCCUACAUCUACACGUACAAGCGCAUGUGCUAACAGCACCCCUGGGAGCCACACUUGCUGGAAUGACGUCACCCCCUCCUCCACGCCGAUCUACACAUGCAGAAUGCUCCUUUGCUUAGCCCUACGUUGGUAGUGUGUUAUUUCCCCUUCCAUUUUAAAGAGCUUAGAAAGCUGUAGUAGAGCGACGGUACUCACACACUGACAAGGAAGCUGUAGGCCCACACUGAACAGCUAGAGCUGGUGUGUAGAUGUGAGCUCUGACAGGUAGCUGGGCUAGGCUGCGAGAUUCAAUAGAUGCAACACUCGCCUUGCCGUUCCAGCUGUCCCGUCUUGUUCUCACCCUUACGGCAGUUUGCAGAGGGCUUAGAACUAGGAUUGCAAAUGAGGCAUCAGACUGCACAGAGACUUUCCCUUCCCGGAUUAUGUCUGCCCGUCAGAGCCACCUCUGGUGGUUUGUCCUACCUCACCUUCCUGCAUCCCCCCCAUCAGUCAUUGUUGGUAGCCACUGUUAAAGGAGACAGUGAUGUAAGGCAGACAUCCUUCAACUGGCAGCAUGCGGGGACAGCCAUUCCAAUGGGCUCUUGCCCAGUUAGUGAUAGACUGAGCCAUUGCAAUACGGGGGCGCUUUCCUUCCAUUCCAUGCAGGCAGCUCGCUUAUUUCUCUAGAAGCUGUGAAUAUGCCGAGAUGUCCCGUCUGCUCCCACAGGGACUGUGGGUUGCUGGGGUACUCCUGUGCUCACCAGCUCUGUCUCUUUAAAGCAGACAGAUCCUGUAGUUUAGUUGAAUGUUGCAGUUCUCUACAAACCACAGAUUCAAAGCAAGCGCAUCCGUCCAUCCCCAGGAAAGGGCAACCUAUCUGCAGGAAGUGCAGUGCUUCUGACUGGUUGCUUUCUUUGGACGCCUAGACUCGCUCAGUUUCCCUGCUUUGUCUGUAGGCUAGCGACAAGGGGGGUGCAUGUUGCUGGACUAUGUGGUGUGAAAGGAAAGGUUUUAUUUUAGGGCCAGUGUUCGUUCAGUUCUGUAUGUUGUGCUUUUACAUCUGGCUGUGCCAUGCAGCUGAGCAAAGCUAAUGUUUGUUUCCUGCAUUGGUGCCCAGCCAGCUCAGCCUUGCCCUGAAGGAGAUGGGGAAGCAGCGGCUCUGUUUAGUUUGCAGGUGGCCAGGGGAUGUUUUCUGUUUCUUUUGAAGUGCUUUGGGAUCUUGGAGCCUCAGGUGACAGUCCCUGGCUGUAUCUCCCUAGGUCUGGCUCUUCCAUGGGUGUAACGGCUCCUGUAGCCCCGGGGUGAUUACACACAGCAGCCCAGAGGCAGUGGGCAUCUGCCACCUUGAGGCACAGAUGAAGAGACAGGCCUUUACUUGCAGCACGGGUGCAGGCGUUAACCCACUAGUUCUGUAUGGAAAUUGGCAGUUACUAGACAUUCCCAUCCUCAGUUGUAGUCUUGAGAAACUUGCAUUACAAAGCCAGGGAGGGGGAAUGGAGCAGUAGCUCCUGCCGUGAGUCUGCUGGAAUCAUGAAGCCACUUUUACCCUUUGGGUGCUGUAGACCCCACCUUAUGCCUCUGGCAUUGGGAACAGAGCCUGUGUCACUGAGGGAUGUGAAAGCUCAGCCUGUGGGAGGGGGCGAGGGUUGGUUCUCUCUGGAACUCAGCAUUAAGUAGCAAAUUUUCCCUGCUCCCCCCCCAUCCCCACCCCCCAAACUAGUGGACAAUGAG